AAAAGUUGUAUAAACAUGUGGAAUAUCAAAUUUUUUGAUCGGCCAAGAAACAGAAAGUCCAUACUUCAUACAAUCUCCCCAAUCUCUAUUUUAAUAUUUAAGAUAUACCGUUAGGACAUCCAAAAUAAAUAUUUGCAGUGGCUUCCUAUUAUCUGCAUUAAACGUUCAUUAUUUCAAGACCUGACCUUUCGAACUUUUACCAUCUCCAUAUUGAAACUAAUCGAUAGUGAUCAAUUGAAAUAUGUAUGUGUAAUAAUAGGUCCGUCCAUUAGUUGAUCUUCUACAGUGCGAAGUGAAAUCAAAAAAUGAAUCGGAAAAUGAAUUCUAUUUCCGUAUAUUUCAUUUUUGUGCUGUUCGCUUCAUCGUGUUGGUCAGCCAAUGCACAACAGAAAGAAUUCAUCGUCAAAGAUUACACAGGGCCAAUAACAACGGGAGUGAUAGAAUCACUCAAAAAUGCUGAAACCUUAGAGAUAAUCAAUAGUACCAUCACCGAAUAUCCAACGAGAAUAUUUUCAAGAUUGCCGAAAAUCAAGAAAAUCGUUGUUCUGAAGAGCACCUUCAAUAUUAUGGAUCCCAACAUAUAUGACGAUUCAAAUCAUCUGGAAAGUAUCCUAUUCGCUAAGAACAAUGUGCCCAGCCUACCUCUCACUCUUCUCCGCAAGACAACCUUCGAAAAAAUAAUAAUAUCCGAUCAGAGCCAGGUCAAAAUCAUACCCGAAAAUUUCGCCAACGAAACGAAACGUCUAAAAAUAUUCGAAUGUUCAAGAUGCAACAUCGAAUCUGUGGAACAGGGGGCGUUCAACAACUUGGGCGAUCUCGAGGUCCUGAACCUGAUGGAAAACUCGAUCAACCACUUGCCCUCAGAAAUCUUCAGACCUGUUGUCAACUUGAGAGAGUUGAACCUGAGCGGGAACCACAUCGAGAAGUUCACAGCCGACCAACUCCGAAAGAAUAAUCUCGUGGAGGUCAUCGACCUAAGCAACAAUCCCCUGAAGGAUCUCCACCUCUUGGAGGUGACCAAGGUGGCCCCGAAACUGAAGAAGUUGGAUGUCCGAGGAACGAAACUUUCGAAGAAUCAUCUGAAGGAGCACAUCGAUAAACUCCAUAAUGUUGAAAUAUUGUCUGAUUAGUUGUAGAUUGUAGAUGUUAAUUUGUUGAAAUAAUAUAAUGUGAUGCAUU